AUGGUUAUGGAAAUAAACACCGUUUGUUCCAUUGAUGAAUAUUCUACCAAUUUUAAAACGGUUACGAAUGAUAUGAAUUUGAACUACGAGACAGAACCAAAUCAAGACGAAUCUGCAGAAGUUUACAGGAUGUGUGGUAGCAAAAGUCUACCAAAAAAGCAGAUUAAUACUACCGUGUUGGAUAAUAUUCCAUAUGAUGAAAUUGAAAACAUAGAAACACCCUCGUAUUUUGGUAAAGGAACAAAGAAAAAGAAGAGGUUUGGAGUUCAGCAUGUGCCAUAUUUCUCAAUUAGUUUGGUGAAGGAGGUUGUGCCAUAUGAAAGAUUAGCUACUACAAGGGUUAGAGUCGAAUUUAUUGUCAUAAACUCCAAUCAGAACAAAGAAAUAAUCGACUCUUUGCUUAAGAAAGCACAAGAGUUUACGAAGAAAACUAGAUUUAUUGAUCAAAAAUCAAUUUCCACAGGAUUAGGAAUAGAUGUUAUCUUAUCGAAAGUUAUACUUAAAAAGUAA